GCACUGAUUUUUUCGCAUCACCUCAAAUUUCUUCGUUUCUGCGAAAGAAUGGUAGAUCAAAACUUAAUGUCUGACAUCAGCAUUGAUUAUAGUUUUUACGAUACGCCAAGUGACGAAUUCAAGGACAAAGGCCUGGGAUCUCUGUUGCCUUUAUGGAAAUUUAAUUAUCAACCCAUGAGGGGUAUGGCCAUUACAGGCUUGAGCUGGAACAGUCGCUAUUCUGACAUGUUUGCAGCUGCUUUUGGAUCCCAUGACGUCACAAUGCGUCAUAGGUCAGGAUGUGUAUGCAUAUUUAGUUUGAAAUGCCCGUCCCAUCCAGAGAAAGUUAUUUCUUGUAAGUCUGGUGUCUGCUGCGUGGAAUUCAGCCCGUAUCGGCCUCAUCUUUUAGCCGUUGGACUCGCGGAUGGAUCAGUGGCGGUGCACGAUGUCCGCAAAGCAGGAAGCUCUCCAGUUGCCAUCAAUAAGAACUCAAGACUUGAGCACAAUGAUGCCGUCAAUCAGGUAAAAUGGCUGCCUGAUAACAUCGAUGGCCAACCGAACUUUUGUUCUAUUUCUGCCGAUUGCAAAGUGAUUGAUUGGAUACUUGCUAAGACCGAACUCAUACCAUCCGAAGUCCUCAACUUAAGAGAAAACGAGUUAUUAGCUGAGGAGCGCUCAAUAAGGAAGACUAAUUUUACGAGUUGUGGAACAUGUAUAUCAUUCAAUCCAGAAACAAAUGAUUUAUUUCUGGUUGGUAAUGAAAAUGGACUCAUUCAGAAGUAUUCUAAUUUGUCGACUGCUCAGUACUUGGAAACCUACAUAGAUCAUAAGAACGUUGUGUACAACGUCCAGUGGAAUCCCCAUCAUUCUCGAGUAUUUCUGUCUUGCAGUGCUGAUUGGACAAUAAGAAUAUGGGAUCAUUGUUUGAAAAAGUCUGUAUUUAUAUUUGACUUGCUCAACGAAGUCAAAGAUGUAACCUGGGCUCCAUUCUCUUCUUCUCUCUUCGCCGCAGUCACAAACGAUGGAAAGGUCCAUGUAUUCGAUAUAUUGUUGAACCGACAACAACCAACUGCCAGCUACACGCUGAGUAGCUCGAAGAAAAUCGUGAACUUAACUACUGUACAAUUCAAUACCAUGAAACCUAUAAUUAUGAUUGGAGAUGACAGAGGAGCUGUGAUUUGUUUUAAACUUUCUCCUAAUCUGAGAUCAUCUUUGAAAGUGUUUCAAACCAUAGAGAAAGCUAAAUUUGCUGCUUUGGAAUCAGAAAAAAUGGAGAAAGUUCUAAAACUAGCAAAAAUUCCAGAACCCAACGAAGCAAUUACUUCAGAAUGAAAAGAAAUCGUCGUAAACAAUGUAGUAUGAGGAGAAAAGGUAAAGUUUUGUUCCAAGAUGUCACUAAAAGACGAAAUGGUGUAGGCAAAGAAAUACCAGCACAAGAAAUUAAGAAUGAUUUUAUUGAUGUAAUUCUAGUGCAAUCAGUUAUAAAUAAAAAUGAAGUCCAUACAUAAACAGUUCGGUUCAAGAAGUCUUUCUGUGAAUACAGCCCAAAAUUAUCUUUUAAUGCACAAAAACAUUAAAUUGUCAAAAGCUGUAGGAGUGAUGCUUCAUAACACAUAAAUAAAAACUGACACAUCCGAUAUAGGCUAUGUGACACAAAACUAUGUUAUGAAAAAAAUAAAAUUGAAAAGUAUGCGAAAACAAAAAUUUUUAGGAAAAAAUAAUAAUAUUACUGAAAUAAACUAUAAUUUUUUAACAUUAAAAUAGAAUGUGAUCGCUUAUGACUCGUAUACAUGCAUCGUCUUUUAAGCUAUCAAUAUGAUAGUUAAUUAAAGAGUCAAGGUUCUAUUCCUCCACCGAUAGAGUCUUUAAAAUAGUGAGUUAUCUAAGAGAAGAGAGUUUCUCCGGGUAAUUAUUCUUCCAAGAUUAAGCAGUAAAUUCUGCAUGGAAUUCAAAUCAGAAAAUUCGGGUGACUGGUAUAUUUGCUUAGUACCUUCAAUUUCAAGAAAAUCUUUCACCAGAUUUGCUUGGUAUGAACAAAUUGUCUUCUAAAUAAGGAUAGGUCACAUUCACGUUUACAUGUCAAGGCUUGUCAAACUUGAUCUCGAUAGCUCCGGCUGGAUAGAAACCUAACGCCGCGCAAGGAAAUACUUCCGUUUAUCCUUAUCCUCUCCAUACUCUACCUGUACGGCCGUAACGA